AUGGACGAAAAUGUAGAGAAGGAGAGACUGAGGAAGGAAGUUGCUCAGCUCCGCCGAGAAGCGGCUCUGGAAAGAAUGAAGGUCUCCCAGUGCUGCGCAGACCUGCGGGAUUAUGUCCUCCAAAAUGCUGCCAACGACCCACUGGUGCAGGGUAUCCCCGAUGACAAAAACCCCUACAAGGAGAUCAAGGGAGGCUGUGUGAUGUUUUAA